AUGGCACAAUACGGCAAGGCCUCUUACUGGGACGAACGCUACACUAAAGACUCGGAACAAUUUGAUUGGUAUCAGCGUUACGAUGGUUUGAAACAACUACUGAAUCAGUAUGUGAAAAAGACAGAUUGUAUCCUUAUGGCAGGUGCAGGCAAUUCACGACUGUCGGAGGAGAUGGUGAAUGAUGGCUACGAGAAGCUCAUGAAUGUCGACGUUUUCUGCCUUUUGGUUGUAAACAACCACGUCACAAGAGAAUAG